AUGCCAAAGAAAAGAAAAGCUGUUUGUGGUAGAACACAACGUGAAAGAGACAGAGCUAGAAAGAGGCAGGCAAGACAGAAACCUACAAUGCUAGAUGUGUUGCCAGAUGAGCAAGUGACUGAGUUCUCUGUUCCUUGCAGGACAGAGGAUGGAGCUAUGUCAGCUCCUCCCGGUAAUUUUCCGGGGCUUGGUUCUAUGGGGUUUCCACCUAAAGAGGAAAAACCCCUGGCCAGGGUGCAGGCCUCACUUCGAGUGAAAAUGCAUUCACCUGCCCCGAGGUUGCCACCUCCUCGGGGAAGUCGUCUGUUUGUCCGUAACGAGGACAAGGCACCGUCCCCUGACUCCCCACCGUGGGUUUGUGCUCCACCGAGGGCACCUGGAUCGGACAUAGUGCAUAUGUCUGAUCCAGCAGGUCAGGCGCAGCUGGAUACCUCCAGGAUGGAGGAGACCAGUAGAGUAUCAAAAGAUGAGGGCUUUUUAACUGAUAUUAAAACUGAGUCUGAACGAAUAUUGAAAGGAAAUUUGAAUGAAUACAAUAUAGAAUCUGAAAUGAGAACUUAUGAGCAAGAGAACAAUGAGAAUCAUACUGUUUCAGAGAAUGGUUUUGAAGAGAAAAAUAAUAGAAGAAAUGAAGAUCACUUUUGUCAGAAUAAAUCUGAAAUACCCUUUUCAGUUCAGGGCUCUUUUCAUCAAGCUCAUCCUAUGUUUGAAGAGAAUGCUGGAACACAGUGUGUUGCUAAUUGUUUGGCAGGAUUAGCUUUUCACAAAUUUAAGAAUGCAAAGAGCUGGACAACAAUGGAUAUGGACAGAGUUUUAAUGACAGGUGAUGAACUGUACACAUACUUGCAAAGAAGCUCAUCAAUCACUGAUAGGUAUUUGCUUGUAGAGGAAUUACCACAAUUCUUUGAAUGUUUUAACCGAUCAUAUCAGUUUCAUGCAAAUCAGACGUAUGCAAGUGUCAUUUUGGCAAAUGAUGGAAUAAACUAUGCAGAGUUUAAUUCACUUCCACUAGAUGAAGCACUUCAGGUUGCCCUUUCAGACAGUGAUGGCUGUUUUGUAUGCUUUGGUGGAAAUACAAUGCUUAUAGGAGUGACAGGAAGUGGUUUCUUUGCUUUUGACUCUCAUUCUAGAUCUUCAGAUGGAAUGAUAAGUGUAACUGGAAGGAGCACAAGAAUUUUACUUCAGAAUGUUAGUGAAGUGUAUUCACAUCUUCUAGGUCUUGCAUUUUCAAUGGGAUAUACAAAAGGUGUUGAAUGUAACUUGACUGGUGUGUGUUGCAAGAUGGGUGAUAUUGCAAAUGUUAGUGAGUUAUUAGAGAUAGAUGAAAACAUUGAUAGAAAAUCUCAAGGGUCAAAGUUAUCUUUGGAGACCACACAUGAAACAGGCGAUGCAGAUGAUGAUUUGAUUUUUAUUGGAGAUGAGCAGUUACAAUUUACCUUUAUUCCCUUAAGUACAAACUUUAAAAAAGCCCUUUGUGAAAUUUUGAACAUUCCAUUCUCUAGCAUUGGAAAUUCUGGCGACGUCAAUUGUUUUAGAACUAAUAUUUCACAACCAUUAAUUGAAAAGGAAAUAAUAGGAGAUGGGAAUUGCUUCUUUAGAGCCAUUUCAUUCAGUCUUGCAAAUUCAGAAGAUUUCCAUUAUGUUAUACGCCAUGCUGUCUGUGAGCAUAUAAUGGAAAACAAAGAGCUAUUUAAACCAUUCUUAAGAGAUGGCGUACAGUCCGUAGAAAGUCACCUGUCUUCCACACAAAUGUCACAGGGAGGUACUUGGGCUACUGAGGUUGAAAUAUUUGCAACAGCUCAUCUUCUAAACAUUGAUAUAUACACUUUCUCUAGAGAAUGUUGGUUAAGGUUUUUAGUUGCUGAAGUAGAUCCUGGUUUGCAAAGCAAAACUGAAGCAAUUUAUUUGAAUCACUACCAGCAGAACCAUUACAACGUUGUACUGUCUGUUAAUGGAGAGGAAAUUGACUUAGCACCACGACAAUGGUUUAAAACUUCUCAAGAGUAUGAAAAGCGAUACCAAAACCGAACACGUAUGCAGGUGGAAAGGCAAUCUAGAACAGAAAAACGGGGAAGUGUUAGUGCAGUCAAGAAACGAAAUGAAUCUUUAAGACAGAGAUAUGAGGAAGAUAAAGAAUUUAGAGAAAAGAAACUGAAAAGAUCUUUCUUAAAGUAUUCAACAGAUGAUGAUUACAGGGAAAAUGUCAAGAAGAGAAGUAUUGAUAGAUAUGCAAUAAACGAUAAGCAGAGGGAAGAUGUAAAAAGAAGAAGUAUUGACAAGUAUGCAACAGAUGUUGAUCACAAGGAAGAUGUCAGAAAAAGAAGUAUUGACAAGUAUGCGACAGAUGUUGAUCAUAGGGAAAAUAUCAAGUGGAGAAGCAUUAACAAGUAUGCAACAGAUGACCAACAUAGAGAAAAGGUCAAAGCAAGUAGUAAAUUGAAAUACAACUCAGAUGAAAUGCACAGAAUUCUAGUCAAUACUUCAAGUACAGAGAGAUACAGGGAAAAUGAGAAUUUCCGAGAAGCAAAGCUUCAAACCGCAGCGAAAAAGUACAAAAGUGAUGAAUCGUUCAGGUCAAAAAUUAAAGAUGCAAGUCGACAUCAAUAUGAUUCGAAUGCAGAGACGAAAAUGAAAAAGAAAGAGAUGGUAAAAAGUCGUAGAAAUGCUGAAACAGCUAGAUUAGAAAACCAGGAAGAGGUGGUAAAAGUAUUUAAAGAAAAUGUUGUGCAAGGCAUUGACUAUUCGUGCUGUUGUUGUGAUCGGCUACUGUUUCGGAAUCAAGUUCAAAGAUGCGAACGGAAAGCAUAUGCCAAAACUGAGCAGGCAGCAAGUGUUGCAGACUUGUGUAUUCAAGAUAAGUACUGUCACGAAUGUAUAGAAUCAUGUCCAAAGGAUUGCAUUAAAUCAACGUUAUGGAUUUGUUAUACUUGUCACAGGAAAAUCUUAAGCGGAAAUUUUCCAGCAGAAGCUGCAGCGAACAAAAUGGCUUUGGAAGAUAUUCCAAAGGAAUUACAAGAAUUGAACAGCCUUGAGAAACACUUGAUUGCAAUACAUAUACCUUUCAUGAAAGUCAUAAAUCUUCCUCAUGGUGGUCAGAAAAAUAUCCAUGGGCCAGUUGUAUGUGUACCAGCUGAUUUGAAAAAAGUUACAAGUUUACCGAUGAGACCUGGAGAAGAUCAUUUACUUAGAGUAAAACUAAAGAGGAAGUUGAAUUACAAAGGGUACAGCGAGUACCAGUUUGUUGAUCCAAAGCACAUAUGUGAGGCAUUGAAGUAUUUAAAACUUAACAAUCAAUGGUAUGAAGAUGUAGCAGUUGAUACAAACUGGAAAGGGCAAAUUGAAGAUGUAGAAGAAAUUUUGGAGGUUGGCGAUUCACUAUCAGAGGAUGAUGAUCAGCAGCCCAGUGUGUCAGAUUCUUGUCUACAACCUGUUGAUAUUGGUCAGGAGGUUCUUGAUCAUUACUUCGAUGAUAUAUAUGACAUUGCUCCAGGAGAAGGCAAUAAUCCAGUUAGGAUGUUACAGGAAGAAGGGAAUGAGGCAAAAACAUUUCCAUACCUUUUCCCAAGUGGGCAGUUUUCGUGGAAUGACAACAGAGAAACACGAAUAACACUAUCAAGAUACUACAACAAUCGUCUUAUGAAUACAGACGCGAGAUUUGCGAAAGACAGUAAUUACAUUUUCUUCAGUCAGUUUAUGUCUGAUUUAAAUCAAGUUAUAGAGAAGACGCAGAUAUCAAUAAGGAAAUCAAUCAGAAGAAUAGGAAAUGACCAAGAAGUGACAGCAAAUAUGGUACAGGACCCUGAAGUACUUUCGAAGUUGAUGAAAAAUGACGAGGCUUUACGAUUCAUGCAGCCUAUACGAGGAACACCAGCAUACUGGUCAGCUGCACAAAAGGAUCUGUUUGCUAUGCUUAGACAAUUAGGAAUACCUACUUGGUUUUGUUCCUUCUCUGCUGCAGAACAUAGAUGGAAUGAUGCGGUCACUACAAUAUUGAAACAACAGAAUGAUAACAGAGAUGCUUGUAUGUUAGACUGGUCUGAAAAGAAUGAGGUACUGAGAAGUAAUCCUGUCACUGUUGCCAGAAUGUUUGAGCAUAGAUUUCAUGUGUUUCAGAAAGAUGUAAUAUUUUCACCUUCAGAACCAAUUGGAAAAGUGUCUGAUUUCUUCCAAAGAGUCGAAUUUCAACAAAGGGGAUCACCUCACAUGCAUUGUUUAUAUUGGAUAGAAAAUGCACCAAAACUUAAUGAAGAUGGAGAGGAUGCCGUUUGUAAUUUCAUAAACAAAUACGUGAGUUGUACCGUGCCCUCCGAGGAAGAAGAUUUGGAGCUGAGGAACAUUGUCUUAGCAGUGCAACAACACAGCAAAAAUCAUUCAAAGUCAUGCCGAAAGAAGGGCACAGAGUGUAGGUUUAAUUUCCCUAGACCACCAUCUGUAUCCACAUUUAUCAACUCUCCACUUGAAGAAGAAGAUGAAACUGAGGCUACUGAUUUGCAAAAACAACAGUCCAUCGCUAAGGAAAUUCUAUUACAAGUUUGGAAUGAAGUGCAAGAUGAAGCAAAUAAAUCGAAAACAACCGAAGAUAUUUUCAGUUAUCUAGGAUUGACGCAAACACAGUAUGAGGAAGCUCAUAAAAGAUUAGCAAAAAAGAGAACUGUUGUUCUUGAAAGAAACCCAUGUGAGCUCUGGAUAAAUCAAUACAAUCCAUGCCUCUUAAAAUGCUGGGAUGCAAAUAUGGACAUUCAGUUUGUUUUGGAUCCAUUUAGUUGUAUUGUCUACAUUAUUUCAUACAUUUCAAAGUCUGAGAGAGAAAUGGGAAUGCUAUUGAAACAAACAAAAAUAGAAGCAGAAGAAGGCAACGAGAGUGCACGAACAACAUUAAAGAAAAUUGGUUCUGCCUAUUUGAAUCACAGAGAAGUGAGCACUCAAGAAGCUGUUUAUCGCGUAUGUAAUCUGAAAAUGAAGGAAUGUUCAAGAAAGGUAGUGUUUGUACCAGUGGGUGAUAAUCCUACUCGUCUAACUAAGCCAUUGUCUCAGCUAAAAAGAAAUCAAACGAAGAUGAAUGAUGGAAAUGUUGAGGAUGACGAUGAAGAGGAUGAUAUUUGGAUGACAAAUGUAGUAGAAAGAUAUGAAAAUCGACCAAAUGAUCCAUCCUUUCCAAAUAUGUGUUUGGCAGAAUUUUGUUCUGAUUUCAGAAUACUUGCAAAAUCACAGGUUCCAAAGACUCAAAACGACAACGUGUUUGAACUAAAGAACUCGAAAGGUUUUGUCCAAAGAAGAACUCGUACAAAGUCAGCUGUAAUAAGAUACCCUAGAUUCGAUCGGGAGAAAAUGUCAGAGAAGUAUUACCAAUGUCUGCUACAGCUUUUCUUACCUUACUCUACACAUACGCAGUUGAAACCUCCUGGGUUUGACCUUUAUGAAGCAUUUUAUGAAAAUGGAUAUGUACGAAUGACAGGAAAGAAGAAAGUACAGUCAGUAAAAUCAAUUGUUGACAAAAACAGAACACGCUUUGCUCAAAAUGAAGAUAUCAUCGCAGAGGCAUUGGAAACUUAUGAAAAUAUCGGAGAGCCAGAAGAUGCUUGGGCAAAUCUCUGUCCAGAGACAGAAUUAAUGAGACAAGAAUGUUCUGCAAAGAGAUGUAUAGGUCUGGAUUUGAAUGAUACAGAAGAGCUACCAGACAUGCAAACAGAAAGCAGUUCAGAUGUUCUUUACAGUGUUCAACAGAAUACACAAUCAAGGGAGGAGACAAUGCAGAUUCUUCAAAGUUUAAAUGAGACACAAAUGAAAGUAUUUUACUUAGUACGGGAAUGGUGCCUGCAAAAAAUCUUUGGAGAGAAAACUGAUCCACUGCAUAUAUUUAUAACAGGUGGAGCAGGAACAGGCAAGAGUCAUCUUAUCAAAGCCAUACAUUUUGAAGCAUCACGAAUUCUAGGGAAAAAAAUAACUUCUCCUGACAGUGUUUCAGUAUUACUGGCUGCAUUUACUGGGACAGCUGCAUUCAACAUUGGAGGAAAUACGAUCCAUCAUUUAUUUUCAUUGCCCAAAUAUAUGUCUCUGCCAUAUGAACCAUUGAAAGAACAGAGUUUAAGUGAAAUGAGAGUUCAAAUUGGAGAUCUGCAAAUACUGGUUAUUGAUGAAAUUUCCAUGGUAUAUAAAAGAUUAUUAUACUACGUUCACGAGAGACUUGUGCAGAUUAAAAAAUCCAAGGAGCCCUUUGGAGGAGUGUCAGUAAUUGCAGUGGGAGAUUUCUACCAACUUCCUCCUGUAAAACAGCGUAAAGAUGAAAGACUGUAUAAAGACAAUGCUCUUUAUCCUGUUGAUUAUUGGGUAGACUUUUUCAAAGUAGUGGACUUGACUGAAAUUAUGAGACAACGUGAAGACAUUCCAUUUGCAACAGCACUGAAUUCACUUCGGACUAGACUAGUAAAACAACCCCUGGAAGAGAAAAUAAGUUCCAUCUUGAAUGACUGUGUAAGAGAGGGACCAGAAAAUGUUCUCCACGUCUACGCAACAAAUGACGAAGUCAAUUCGUAUAAUUUGUCAAUGCUCAGACGUACUUGUUCUGACCUUGUCGAGAUUGAUGCUCAAGACUUUUCGAAAGAUAGAACAACAGGCAAGCUAAUUUUAAGAAGUAAACCAAUAACAAGGUCCAAAACAGACAAUCUUUCUAGCAGUUUGCUAUUGGGUAUCAAUGCAAAAGUUAUGCUGACAAGAAACUGUAACGUAGAUGAUGGCCUUGUAAAUGGAGUAAUGGGGCAGAUCUCUCAUUUUGUGUAUAGCCAGAAGCAUGAUGCAAACACUGUUGUUGCAGUAGCAGUAAUAUUUGACAAUGUCAAUGUUGGGAAAAAGUCUGGGAAAAAAACAAAUAAUGGGAAUAUUGUUUUAAUUGAAAGAGUUCAAGAGGAAAUACUAGAACAUAAAAAACAAAAUGUAGUUCGACAUCAGUUUCCACUACGCUUGUCGUGGGCAUGUACCUCUCACAAAGUACAAGGAAUGACAGUGGACAAGGUUGUAGUCAAUUUAGAUAAGACAUUCUCUCCUGGUCAAGGGUAUGUAGCUUUGAGUAGAGUGACGUCAAAAGAAGGAUUAUUUAUUGAAACAAACGAUUUGGAAUCAUUACAGAAGAAGAUCUACGCUGACCCCGAAGUUAAAUCAGCUUUGGAAGAGAUGCCAAAAUUAGAUCUUCCUAACUUUGAUCAGUUAGAACAAGGCAUAACAAUUUUCCUUCACAAUAUUCAAAGUCUUAACAAACAUUUUGAAGACUUACAAAAAGAUAUUCGAUUUAGGAAUGCAGAUAUAAUCUGCCUAAAGAAACUUGGUUGA